AUGAUUGACGGUGAUGUCCCUGGCACCGCAGUUAGCGUUGCUGAGCCGGAGCAAGUGGUUGAUGAAAAAAAUGAAGAAGAAAGCGGUCAAGAUUCUUUUGAGCUUGACGAAAUUGAACUGUCUGAUAGGGAGUCUGAGGAUAUCGACGUGAACCACAGAAGAAUAAAGCGAAUUUCUAAGUUGGAAACCAUACCCAAUGCAAAGGCUUUAUGUUUGCGAAAUAACCUCAUUAAGUUAAUUGAGAAUCUGGAUCCACUUGCCGAUAAGUUAGUGGAUUUGGACCUCUAUGAUAAUCAAAUUACGAAGAUACAAAAUCUUGAAGUCCUUAGAGUGCUUCAGGUGUUAGACUUAAGCUAUAACCGCAUCAAGACUAUAGAAAACCUGGGUGCUCUUAAAAGUCUUACCAAAUUGUAUCUUGUUAAUAACAAGAUUUCGAAAAUCGAAAAUUUAUCGGGCCUCCCAAAUCUGACGAUGCUUGAACUUGGUGCGAAUAAAAUUCGGAAAUUGGAGAAUCUCGACUCAUUUCCAAACCUCGAAGAACUGUUUGUCGGUAACAAUAAAAUUUCAAAGCUGGAGGGGCUUGAAAAUUUGCCAAAAUUGAAAAUUCUUAGUAUCCAGAAUAACCGAAUAACAAAACUUGAAGGACUCCAAAACUUGGUGAAUUUGGAGGAACUCUACAUAAGCUUCAACGGUAUCAGCAAGAUCGAAGGCUUGGACAACCUUGUUAAUCUUCAGACGCUCGAGCUUGCUCGAAACAGAAUAAGUCGAAUCGAAAACAUAUCCCAUCUGUCGAAAUUGGAGGAGUUUUGGUUUAAUGAUAACCUCGUUGCCGAGUGGGACCAAUUGAACAUCCUAGUGCCGAUGAAACAUCUUAAGACUCUCUAUCUCGAACGGAAUCCGAUCUAUUACGCACCCGAUACUGCAUAUCGCCGGAAAAUCCUCCUUCUUCUUCCAUGGUUGAGACAGCUUGACGCGACGCUGACAGGUGUUGGCUUAAGAACCUAG